ACCCCUGCGAGAGAGAGAAGCCAUUUUCGUCCGUGCUGAUUGAAAAAGAUCCCAUGCUGCUCAAACUGCAAUUUCACAGAAUUUGAAUUUCUCAUCUUUCUCUUUCUCAAACUCAAUCAAGCGACUUCUUGUUUUCCCGUGGAAACCAAAAGAGGCACACAGAGGAAGCUAACGCGGAAAACUCCAUCGAAUUUAAGGUUCUGUCUUCCUCCUUUUCCAGGUACUAUCAUUCUUGGAUUUGAAUUAUCUCUCGCUCAUGACUCAGAACUUAAUCUCCUUCAAAAAUCGAGGGAACUACUUUGAUUUUAUAUAGGCAAUUAUUUGAUUCCGCGUAUAACGAUGUGAAUUGGAAGCUUAGUACUUUAGGAUUUGGGGUUAGGUUACUAUCUUUCUUUUUUUCCUUCCCUUAUCUGUUACUUGUUAACGAAGAGUCGAGGCUUUAGUUAAUUAAGGUUAGGUUUCUAGUUCUUAGGACAGAGGAGGUUACAACUAUGAAGGGGCGGUCGCACCGUCUCCAAAGCGCGGACCCACACGAGGACUGGGUUGAUGGCUCUUGGACCGUGGAUUGCGUUUGUGGUGUGAAUUUCGAUGACGGUGAAGAAAUGGUGAAUUGCGAUGAGUGCGGGGUAUGGGUGCACACAAGGUGCUCUCGGUAUGUGAAGGGGGAUGAGUUGUUUACAUGCGAUAAAUGCAAGAACAAGAAUAAUAGGAAUGAUAGUGAGGAGACGGAGGUUGCACAGUUGUUGGUUGAGUUGCCUACCAAGACCUUGAGGAUGGAGAGCUCCUAUGCUGCCAAUGCACCUGCACAAGCCCCCCUUAGGCUUUGGGCUGAUAUCCCAAUGGAAGAGAAAGUUCAUGUGCAAGGAAUUCCUGGUGGUGACCCUGUUCUAUUUGCAGGACUGUCUACAGUUUUUACACGGGAGUUAUGGAAGUGCAGGGGAUAUGUGCCCAAGAAGUUUAAUUUUCAGUAUAGGGAAUUUCCUUGCUGGGAUGACAAUGAGAAAGAUCAAGUGAAAAAUUCGGAUGAAAAUCGGAAUCAAGUAGAUAAUGGUGCAGGUGUUCUGUUUUUAUUGUCAAAGGAUAGUCAUAUGAAUGCACCCAUGACUGGUUUAGUUGGCAUCAGUGACAGGGAUGAGGAAGCAGUGUAUGGGAAGAAGGAAGAUGCUAAGAAGUGGGAAGGUGAGGAGGUGGACAUUGGGCAUUGGCAGAAUGGUGAGGAGGAUAGAAGCUUGCUUCAUCCUGAUAUGGCACAUUCAAAUAAGCGCAAGAAAGAAGAGUCCGGAACAUCAAGAGAUCGGAGUAGCAAGAAGAAGGCCAGAGUUGCCGAUAAGGUGACUGAUGAAAAGAAGAGAAAUACACAUGCCUCUAAAGCAGUGUCUAAACCCAGUGGCGAUGCAAAACAAUUGGAAUUUUCUGGAGACAGAGACUCGGAAGCUGUCAAGACCGAAAUUCAAAGUAAAAAGAGUUCAAGAGAUUCUGUUCCAUGUGACCACUUGCCAGAAAAUACUCUUACUUCGAACAACAGUGAUGAGAAGGUGAACAGAAAAUCAAUGGCCAUUGUGAACUCUAUGGAACCUGCACCUUUUAAUGAUUCUGAAUGUGAUCCUACUAUUGGAGUUCGACCAGAGGUUGGUGAACCUGAGUGUCUAGUGCCUGGAGGCACUAAGAGUUCUCCCGAGGCCAAUGUUGCUUCCUUGCCAGAUAAAAUGGAUUCUGAGAGCUGUCCUGUAAAAGAAAAGGGAGACAGCAUAGGAGGUGAUAGAUUAGAUGGUAGCCUUGAAGGUUCUGAAAGAAGUGUUAUAAAGCAUUCUAUUGAUGGUAUAGCUGGUAGUGCACCUGAAGAUGCGAGCAAACAGAUUCAAGAAGAUUUUAAUGGAGACAGUGGUUCGGGUUGUAAGCAAUCUGAUGUUGAAGUGAAAUUGGAAAGGGACAGGGAUAGUUCUAGAGGUGUCUUAUAUUCCCAAUCUUCCCCCAGUGUUGAUGCUGGACAUUCAGUGCUUGCUGUAGAUCACAUGUCAGAGACUUCUAAAAUCAAUAAUUCAGCAGCAGGCAGUUUACAGUCUAGUGACCAGAAGGUACAAGGUCUUGAUAGAAUUUCGGAAGCAGUCAAUAAUUGCCAUACAGAUAAAGCUGAUCAAUUGUCCAGUGAUCCUUGUCGACCUAAACGAGAAGUGGAAGGUUCAGAAGGUUCUGCACUGGUGCAGAAAGGUUCUUCAGAUUCCAAACAUGGUUCUGAAUUGCUCGAGGAGUCAUUAAAACCUAAUGGUACUGCUCUGAACUCUUUGGCUGUCUCUAGUCAGCGUAAAGUGGUAGUAUGUGUUGGAAAAUCAUCUUACACUUCUUCCAGUACUGUGAAAUCAUCUGGUGUUGACAAUAUUAAACCUGCAGAUGCUCAGCAUUCUGAUCAAAGCUCUAAGGAACGACUAAUGUCCGACAGCAGUGCCAGCAGUAAAAAGGAACAUAAAAAUGAUGUCAGAGAUGGAGAUAGGCAGAAGUUUGCAAGGAAAUCCCUCAAAGAGCAUCCAAAGUCCUCUGUGUCUGCUAAAGUGUCACAUCAAAGUAGGGUUUCGCAUACAUAUGUUUCUAAGAGAACUGUAUCAGAUUCUAAAGAUUCUGUGCCACCAUCAACAUCAAAGACUUCUUCAAUGCAGAAUACUGGUGUCACUUCUAUCUCUGGGGACGCUGCUGGAUCAUUCCAGAAUCAGUGUUCUUCACAAGUACAAAAUAGGACAUCAUCUUCAGGUGUUCCCCGGAAGGGUGAAAAACCUGGUUACCCGAAUUUCCAGCCAUCUAAAAAUCAUGCACAAUCUGUUCAUCCUCCUGUUCCUUCAAAUUCUUCCACAACUCUGAGUGAUGAAGAGCUUGCUUUGCUUUUACAUCAAGAACUCAACAGUUCUCCUAGAGUGCCUCGGGUGCCUAGGGUUCGUAAUGCAGGUAGUCUUCCCCAGUUGGCUUCGUCAACUGCUAUGAGUACGCUAACAAAGCGAACAUCUAGUUCUGGAGGGAAGGAUCAUGGUUUGGUUUCUAGAAGAAAAAACAAGGAUGCAUCUAAGGAUGGUGUCCUUUCAUCUAGUGAGCUUGAUGAUGAAGCUAAAAAGACUAACAAAGUUCCAUCUUCACCAGAUCUGAGGAGACUAGAUAAUGGACUUAUAGCAGAAGCUUCAUCAAAAAGGGAAGAGACUGAAGUACCACCAGUGCAUGCAAUAAAGAAGAACAUGCUUCCCUCCUCCGCAACCACAAGUAAUGGCCCUUCUUCCUCCAACGAGGCAAAUGAUAAUAACUUUUCAUCGAUCCGCAACUCACCAAGACAUAUGUCUGAUGAUGAUCUGGGCACAGUUCGUAGUCCACUACAUCGCACUUUACCUGGCUUGAUCAAUGAAAUAUUGAUGAAGAACCAUGGUAGGCGAAUGAGCCAUGAGGAACUUUUUGAUGCUGUUUUACCGCACUGGCCUAACUUGAGGAAGCAUAAUGGAGAGCGUUAUGCAUAUUCAAGUCAUUCUCAGGCUGUUCUUGAUUGUCUGAGGAAUCGCCAGGAAUGGGCUCGUUUGGUUGAUCGUGGUCCAAAGACUAAUUCAACUAGAAAAAGGCGCAAGCUUGAUGCUGAAGAAUCAGAAGGCAAUGACUAUAGCAAAGGGAAAACAACGAAGGAGGUAGAAACUAAAAGCCUUAACGCACAAAGAGAAGAUUUUCCCAAAGGCAAGCGGAAUGCCAGAAAACGAAGGCAUUUGGUUUUGCAAGGAAGACGGAUAAAGGAUAUGGCGAAGAGACGAAGAACAGAGUCCACAGAAGAGGAUAGUGGCCCAUUUUCUGAUUCCAGCGAGGAAAGCAUGUUCAGCGAGGAUGAGAUUCAGGAUGGUGGAGCCUAAAAACAGCAGGGAGGGAGGUUUUGUCAGCUAGCUCAGAUGAGACAUGGACUACGCAGUUGUUAUAUAUUUAUGUUCUUGUGGGUUAAACUGCUAUCAUCAGGUCAGGAUGUGGCUUCUGCCUUAAAUAGCAACAACCAUUUUUGCGGAGGGUUUUUUGUGUGUGAGAUUGGAUUUGUUUCAGUCAUUUUCUUCGAAAUCUCCUUUGAUAUAACAUGAUUGGGUUUUGGGCUUUAAAAGCUGCAGUGCAGCUCCUAAUGUUCUUGAUUUGAACAUGUAACGCUGUUGUAAAUAGUGUAAUUUUUGUGGCUUUAUGCCAAGUGUUGUUGUAAGAAGAGGCAGAGGCAGAGUCAGAUUAAAGUAGCGUAGGUAGGGAGUAGGAAAUUAGUUAGGGUUGUAAGAAGAAUGUAAAUUUGUUUUCCUAAAGAAACUGAUUGGUUAGGAUUGAAGUUUGCUAUAAAGGUUUGGUGAAGUCUUAUUUCUCAA